AUGCAAGAAGUAAUCAGCAUUGCAGCAUCAUCAUCACUGGGUCAUCUUUGCACUCAUCUUUACAACGUUCAGGAAUCCUAUAUCCCCUACCUGAAAAAGACCAAAAUCACACACCAAAAUGACAUCUUUCUAGAGCCAUCAAGACAGAAUGGAAGGGUGAACUACUACCCUAGAGCUAUAAAUAUCCAGCUCAAUGGUGGAUUUGGAUUUUUAGGAAAGUAUACCUUUCAAGAUCCAUCCAUCGAUUUGUCAGCAUUUGACGGUAUCGAACUCGAAAAGAAACCUAGGGUCGAUAAGAAUAUUUAUCAGCAAAACUUAGACGAGGGUAAGCCGACAGAUAAUCUGAUGCUCAAUGUCGAAAACACGAAGUUUUUUACAGAUUAUAAUAAGUUGAUCUACAGACCUUACUCGCUACUAUCUAUCGAAGACUACACCCAUCCAGAAGGUACUCACAAGCAUUUUGAAAGAUAUAAAUUUGAUUCCUUCAAAAUAGGCGCCGACGAAUACAAGAAUUACGAAGAUGAUGUCGACGAAAGUUUCAGGAAAUUACUCGAGUCUCUGGAUAAUAUACAAGGAGUUUCAUUAUUCAGCGAGCUUGACAAUGCUUGGAGUGGGUUCACUAAUGAAAUGUUGGUCCAUCUUCGUGACGAAUAUUUUAAUAAUGGUGUCAGCAGUAAGUACAAUCUAUGGUGUUACGCCAUUGGAUCCAAAUCAUUUACCAAGCAAGAUACUUUGACAAGAAUCAAAGGCUUGAUAGAGCUAUCCAAAAACAGCUCACUCCUUUUCCCACUUGGAAUCGAUCAACAGCUGAGUCUUCUACUGAGCACAUACCACGCAGAGAGUCUAUGGCAUCGGGGGUUAGUGCAUGCAUACUUCGUCAACUCGAUUUGGUCGACGAACAACCAAUCGGAAGGCAAGACUACAAUGGCAGAAUAUGAGGCCAAUUUAUUGAGAGGAUACCACAAAAGAAACAUUGUUAAUGAGAUUCGUCUCAAUGAAGUCGAGCUGAAGACCGGAACCACAGUUAUUGAUGAUCCACGGAUAAUAGAAGCAGUUUUGCGUGGCGAAACGCCUCCCAAGAAAGAGAUGAGGCAACUUGACCUCAACCUCUUGUCUAAUGCGUCGUCAAGUAAACGUUUCUUUUCUCAGUACAUCAUCCCUGAUGAUGAGAAGUUGAAAGAGAAGCUUGACGGAAAGGUCUGUGUGAACAAAGACAUUGGUAAACUCACCUCAUUGGACUCAUCACCAGCUGUGUUUGAAACCGACAAUUUAUACACCGAGUUUGCACAAUCAACUGGCCUCAAGGACCAUCUCAAGCAGUAUCGCCAGAUAAUUCAACGUGUGCGAGCACCCAAGGAUCUAGAGAUUGUGGGAGACAAGCAAGAGUUGGUUGAGGAUAUCUCCUAUCUCAUUGAUGAGUAUAUCCAGGGAUACGAACUGGAAGAAGAGUCAGAUUAA